CAAAAUAUCACAGAUCGACUUGAAGAAGAAAGCUUCAAAACAAAGCCUAACACCUACAAAAAGGGGCAUUCCCCAUUCCCCAUUUCACAGUUUUCAUCCUUCCUUGCUUUCUCUUCCUCUUUAGCCUCCCAAGCCUUUGUUUUCUAUAGUCGAAAAUGAGAGAAAUCUUGCACAUUCAAGCCGGGCAAUGCGGUAACCAAAUCGGAGGCAAGUUUUGGGAGGUAAUGUGUGAUGAGCAUGGGAUUGAUCCAACUGGAAAGUACAAUGGGAAUUCUCAUCUUCAACUUGAGAGGGUCAAUGUCUACUACAAUGAGGCUAAUGGGGGUCGAUAUGUGCCUAGAGCUGUGUUGGUGGACCUUGAGCCAGGAACAAUGGACAGCUUGAGGACAGGUCCUUAUGGGAACAUUUUCAGGCCAGAUAACUUUGUGUUCGGCCAAAAUGGAGCUGGGAACAAUUGGGCUAAAGGGCAUUACACAGAAGGAGCUGAGCUGAUCGAUUCUGUUCUUGAUGUGGUUCGUAAAGAGGCAGAGAACUGUGAUUGUCUACAAGGCUUCCAGAUUUGUCAUUCCCUUGGAGGUGGAACAGGGUCAGGAAUGGGAACCCUACUGAUAUCAAAGAUCAGGGAAGAGUACCCUGAUAGAAUGAUGAUGACUUUCUCAGUCUUCCCUUCCCCUAAAGUCUCAGAUACUGUGGUUGAACCCUACAAUGCCACCCUCUCUGUUCACCAAUUAGUGGAAAAUGCAGAUGAGUGCAUGGUCCUCGACAAUGAAGCCCUCUAUGAUAUCUGCUUCCGAACUCUCAAGCUCACAAAUCCAAGUUUUGGUGAUCUGAACCAUUUGAUCUCCACAACCAUGAGUGGAGUCACAUGCUGCCUCCGCUUCCCAGGACAACUCAACUCUGACCUCCGAAAACUUGCCGUGAAUCUCAUCCCCUUCCCACGCCUCCACUUCUUCAUGGUUGGUUUUGCACCCUUGACCUCCCGCGGCUCCCAAUUCUACCGUGCCCUCACCAUCCCUGAGCUCACACAACAAAUGUGGGACGCCAAGAACAUGAUGUGCGCCGCAGACCCCCGCCACGGCCGAUACCUCACUGCCUCAGCCGUGUUCCGUGGCAAGAUGAGCACAAAAGAAGUUGAUGAACAAAUGAUCAACAUACAGAACAAGAACUCCUCAUACUUUGUGGAGUGGAUCCCAAACAAUGUCAAAUCAAGUGUUUGUGACAUUGCUCCAACCGGGUUGUCCAUGUCCUCCACAUUCAUGGGGAACUCGACCUCGAUUCAAGAGAUGUUUAGGCGUGUUUCAGAGCAAUUCACAGUCAUGUUCAGGAGGAAGGCCUUCUUGCAUUGGUACACAGGAGAAGGUAUGGAUGAAAUGGAGUUUACUGAGGCUGAGAGUAACAUGAAUGACUUGGUCUCAGAGUAUCAACAAUAUCAAGAUGCUGUGGCACAAGAUGAUGAGGAAGAGUAUGAAGAGGAAGAGAUGGAGAACUGAGGACAAAACUAAGUUUUGGGUUGGGAAGAAAAAUCAACUAUAUAUGUAAUGUUAUUGGCUCUCUAUUGAGCUUAAUUAAUUUUGAGCUUAUGCAAUUGUGCUUGAUUAUUUUGCUUAUCAAUAAGGGGGGUUAUUGUAAACUGUUCAUGGGGAUUUGUUGUCAUCGUGAUGUUGUGAAUAUAUGAUGGUUGCAUUUUAUGUAAUUUGUCAUUCUGAUUA